AUCUCCUCUGCCAUUCCAUGGCUUCCUUUCAGUUCUUGCAGACAGCGACACUGAAACUGCAGCACACGCUAUCCGACCGGAUGCCCGUACUUCCUAGUCCCACCAUCGCUCACUUUUUAGCGUAGGGUGAAUGGCUUGCAGGCAUGACACCAGUCGUGCACCCGAAGCGGCCUGAUCCACUGCUAGCGGAUCUAGUAGACCUUGGGCUCGUCAGCUUCAGAAGAAUCGUAGACUAAGUUAUUCUCAAGCCGAGACUGUGUCUCACAAGCACAAGGACAUAAGAACUCAGUACAGCAAUAGCACGGUUACCAAUGGCGGAAAAAGGUCCAAGCACGCCCAUUACUCUUGUUGACCUUGGUACGGUUGACCUAGACGACUUGCUGGCGAUAUCUGACGAAUGGUCCGCGAAGCCUGGCGAACAGCGGGCGAAAUCUGACGACAUCGUGAGACCUUACGAGUGGUCGGCGAAAUCUAGGUCAGCUAAUGCGACCCUCUAUCCCAACGAUACUGUCAGUGAUUCCCAGGACGAUGUUCUUGCAGCCGUCUUGGCAGGCUUCGAUGCGGCUCAAUGCCACCCUGACAGCGACAGUCGCGACAACCGUGAAGGGGCUAAUGAAACGGUUCUUGGAGCGUUGCACCCGAUGAGAAAGGAUCUGCAAAACGGUGCAGGUGACGGUGAUAUUGGUGCUGGUGAUCAUUUUGGAUCGGAUCUCAAUGGCGUGUCAGAUGCCAAUCUCACCAGCAAUGGCUUUUCAGGUGUUCGUUCAGGUUACCAUUCAGGCAACGAUAGGGGAGUUUCCUCUGGGGUCCAUGCUCUAUCCGAGCAGCCAUUCUUGAAUCAGCCUUGCUCCUUCGAGCAAGCUUCCCGAAUGCUCUUCACUGCCACAGCACCCGCUGUUCUGCAAACAGGCAUGCUGCAACGGCCUCCCUCGGGUAUGUCUAUAGAGAGUACAGCUGGUUUUUCACACUUGUGGUUAGUGGAUGCGUUGGGACGACAGGAGAGGGCGCAGCAGCUGGUGCAGCAGGUGCCUAGCAGCAAUAGCAACAGAGUAAUGGCCGAAAUUCAGCAAGCGCAGCAGCAGCAACAGCAGGAUUCGUUGCAGCAGGAGCAGGGAUUAUGGCAGCCGCAGCAGCAGCAGCAGCAGGAGGAGGAGGAGGAUGAGCAGGAGCAGCAGGAGCAAGAGCAGCACUGGCAGUGAGAGAAUCCUCGCUUCAGCUCUACAACAACGCAACACAAGGAAGUUGCAAUAUUCAGCUCUCAAUCCAUGGCGGACGCUCAGAAGGCAGAGAACACGGGCGUCCAGCAAGUUCUUAUCAACAUCCGAGCAACGCCCUCUCAAUCCCUCUUACCCUCUCCACCCGCCAAGCUCCCUCGCCGGCUCUCUCACCCCCAUUCCCAUUCCCACUCUCGUUCCCCCCUCCUACAUCCAGUUACAUCGCCUUAUCCCCACGCCAACGCUCCAUCCUUGCAGGGACGCUUUUCACAUCCAUCUAGCUUCGCCUCCCGCCCUCCUGACCUUUCCCCCCGCCCUCCUAACCUCUCUUCCCGCCCUCCUGACCUCUCCUCCCGCCUCGCUGCGGCUCUCAACAAUGCAGCUCAGCAUCGCUCUGCGCCAAGCCUUGCCGCCCGGCUGAAAGCUGUUCUUAAGUCAACACAAGUCAAGGGCAGUCAAGGCAAGCAGUCUCGAAUGGAAGAUAGGUGUGAGAAGGAGGGAUCCUCCCCUUCUCUCAUCUCUGCUACGAGGGACCCGCGGAGAGAGCAAGGGGGGGCGAGCAUUCUCGAGCGGGGGAGAGCGGGGGAGGCGUGUGUGGGAUGGCAAGCCGUCAAGGGCGUGUUUACACCGGGGUUGAUUGAGAUGCUGCUGACAGAAGCACAGCGCAGGCUGCUGCUACAGCACUCAAUGAGUCGGCCAAUGAGGAGCCUCCAAGUGGACACGUCGGGCUUCCUGCCACCACCAGUGGAUGGGUUGAGGCAGAAGCGGCUGAAUGCGCAGCUCAUGGCGCUGGCUGAAGCCAUGGCCACUCAGGACACUCUGCGCUCGCGCUACUUCAUGCGCAAGCUGCGGCGAGAGGCUUCAGCGGAGGGAGACACAUUGCAGCGCAUCGUCUUCCAUGCCCUUGCUGCCCUGGAUGCUCGAUCCGACGGCUCUGCUGUCGCCAAGUGGAGACAACCGCUGCAAGCCCCUCUGGAGGAGGUGAUGAAGAUGAUCGGCCAUGCCAGCCAGUAUGGCGCUCCUCUCUUGAUCGAGUUCACCUAUAUCGCAGCCGUCCAUGAGAUCGCACGUGCUCUCAUCCAUGCAUCACCACCGUCAGACUUGUUGCCUAAACCUCCGCAGCAGCAUGAUGAUCAGCACUCACACCAGCACCAGCAGCACCAACAGCAGCAGCAGCAGCAGCAGCGCCACCAAGAACAGCGGCCGCAGCUGCAGCGGCGGCGCUUUCACAUCAUAUCACUUGGCUUCCAUGCCGCCCCUCACUGGGUCAACCUCUUCAUGCGCCUCGCCGCCCAUUUCUCCUCCUCCCCCACCCCCUCCCACCCCCACCAUCCCAUCCCCUCCCCGGAUUCCACCACCCCACCCAUCCACCACACACCCCCUUCUCCUCCUCUGAUGCCUCAUGUCCGCAUCACAGGGGUGGACUUCGGUACACUGCGGUUCAAAGAGGCGCCGUCAGGCACUGUGCCUGUGGUUGGGGAGUAUCUGGGGCAGGUGGCAUCCAGGCUGGGGUUGCCCUUCUCCUUCCACGGCGUGCAGACCACACCGGAGGAGUUCAGUCCGGGGAUGGUGAGGGUGGAGCAAGGGGAGGAGGUGGUGGUGAUGGCAACCAUGAGCCUCAUGCUGUUUCCAGAUGAUUCAGUGCUCCGAUCCAAUCCACGCCAUGCCUUGCUCAAGUGGAUCAAGAGCCUCAAUCCAGUUACGGUGCUACACGUGGGGUUGGAUGUGGACACCAAUGGUCCCUUCUUCCUGGCACGAGUGCGCGAGAAAAUAACCAAAUUUUCAGCGUUCCUAGAGUCGUUGGAUUGCAGCAUGCCGCACUCGGCUCCCACGCGAGCUGCCUGCGAGGAGUUUUUUGCAAGGGACCUGAUGAACAGCAUUGCGUGUGAGGGCACCAACCGGUGGUUCAGGUCGGAGCGUCUGAGCCAAUGGCAAGAACGAAUGGAGAGGAUGGGGUUUGAAUCAGUGCCUGUAGGCACGGAGACGCUUGUUGCGGUGAGGCAGAUAACGGAAGGCAGAGACAAGAGGUUUAAGGUGGAAUUAGACAGUAGAAGUGGAGCAGCUGUGCUUUCAUGGCAUGGCUUGCCGAUCAUAUUUGUUGCCGGGUGGAGGUAAUGAGUGUGAUGUGACUAUAUAAAAUGGGAGAAUUCUUGAACACAUGUUCUGGUAGAGCAGGAGUGCCAGCGUGCAAAGUUGAGUUGC